UAACCUCUCUGUUGCUUUGUCUUUCAUCUGCUCCAGAUGACCCGCCCCAUCCAGGUGAAACCGGCAGACAGCGAGAGCCGUGGAGAAGACAGGAAGUUGUUUGUCGGGAUGCUGAAUAAACAGCAGACUGAGGAGGAUGUUUAUCGUCUCUUUGAGCCCUAUGGAGUCAUCGAGGAGUGCACGGUCCUAAGAGGUCCUGACGGAAACAGCAAAGGUUGCGCCUUCGUCAAGUUUUCUACGCACACCGAGGCUCAGUCUGCAAUCGGCGCCCUGCACGGCAGCCAGACCAUGCCAGGCGCUUCUUCCAGCUUGGUGGUCAAGUUUGCCGACACAGACAAGGAGCGCACCAUCAGACGUAUGCAGCAGAUGGUAGGGCAGUUUGGCAUCUUUAAUCCAGCCAUCGCCCUUCCCUUUAGCACCUACAGCUCUUACGCACAUGCGCUCAUGCAGCAGCAGGCAGCCAUCAUGGCAGCAACCCAUGGAGGUUAUAUCACGCCUAGCGUGGCCUUCCCUGCCACGCAGAUCCACCAGAUGGGGGCGCUCAACAUCAACAGCCUCCCACCCACUCCCAUGACCCCGGUGUCGGGUGAGUUUCAUCAAACCCUGGCAGGCCUCAGCUCUCCGCCAGCCAACAUCACCACCUCCGCCGUGCCCAGCAUCGUCACUCCCAUCGUCAACGGAUUCACCGGCAUCCCUCAUCAGCCCAACGGGCACCCCGCCGUGGAGACGGUGUACACCAAUGGCCUGCCGCCCUACUCCACCCAGAGCCCCACCGCCGCUGACACCCUGCAGCAAGCCUUCACCGGCGUUCAGCAAUACACAGCAAUCUACCCAGCCACCACGCUGACUCCCAUCGGCCAAACACUGCCCCAGCCGCCCCAGGUCAUCCAGCAGCAGCAGCAGAGAGAAGGUGAGGGUCCAGAGGGGUGUAAUCUCUUCAUCUACCACCUGCCGCAGGAGUUUGGAGACAAUGAACUCAUGCAGAUGUUUUUGCCCUUUGGUACAGUCAUCUCUUCUAAGGUCUUCAUGGACCGGGCGACCAACCAGAGCAAGUGCUUCGGUUUUGUCAGCUUUGACAACCCUGCUAGCGCACAGGCAGCUAUUCAGGCCAUGAACGGUUUUCAAAUCGGGAUGAAGAGGUUGAAAGUCCAGCUAAAGAGACCGAAGGAUGCCAGCCGCCCUUACUGACACAGCCUACCUUCAGUAUUCACUGCAGCAGCACAGACUUUAGAGGACACACGUGAAGAUAUCUGGGAGGAGGUCAGCUUUUUUUCUUUGAGAGCAAGCAUAUGUUUUAAAAAAAUCAACACGUGAGGAGUUUUUUGGGAGACAUAUCAACACUUAUCAACACAUGAGGAUGCAGGUUAGAGCAGCAACAGGAGGUGUGGGAAAGGGAAGGAGGAGAAACGGCGCUUCGAUGGGGACGUAACAGCAACAGAUGGCACAGGACAGCGAGAAGAAGGAAAACCUGGAAAAGAGACUCGACGGGACUGAACAACAGAACUUUUUCUUGUUAAGACUUGAAUUGUUAAGUAAGCAACAAACAAAAAAAGCAGCAACAACAAAUAGAUUUCUAUAUACAUAUUAUAUACACACAUAUAUAUAUAUAAAUAUAUAUAUAUAAGGAACAAAGAGGCGCUUGUGGCUUUUACUGGACAAAUGAGGGUUAAAACUUGAAGAUAAAAAAACAACAGUGGAGAAAAGAACCAAUUCUACACGUCCACUGACAGACUUUCUUUCUCUUUCCCUCUUUCUCUUAUUCUCUCACCGUCUCUCAGCAAGCGCAGAACUAUGACUCUUGGAGGUCACUGAGGUUUCCAAUAGCAAAAGUAGAACUGCAAUUCUUUCACCCCUAAGGGACCAAAGGACCAAACAUUUUUAUUGUUCUGAACAGCGAUAUAUAUAGUAUUAAUAAUACUAAUACUACAAACUACUACUAAUAAUAUUACAAGUUAAACUUAAGAAGAAACACUAGCUUCAGGUUGAAAAAAAAAAAAGAACAAGGGUUUUUUUUUUUUUUUUUGGUUUCCUUUUACCUUUAUAGCUACCGGGUUGGAGAAUAAUAAAAGAAAAAACAGAAAAUGUAUUAAAAAAACCAUAAAUAAAUGAAGCUGUACUAUUUUAGCAGUAUAGAAGAUAUGGGUUAGGCAUUGUGUCGGGCAUGUUCAGAUAUGUUUAUUUAUUUAUUUUUAUUUUUGUCCUGAUACAUCAGCAUUCCCAGCAUUUCAUCUCAGAAGCAUGAUCUUUGUGUUUUUGAGUCAAAAAUGGGAAACAAAAGCGUCGAAGCAAAGGAAGGACAACACAACCUCAAACAGGACCACAAAUACCGACCUCGGUUCAAUUCAAAAUCCUCGAUCUUCACUGCGAAUCAUUAGUUAAACGCCUCGACGGGGCAGAUGGUCUGACCGUGAACCACUGUGGCGAAAGUGCCACCUGUUGGGUCGCCGAUGGGUCGAGCCCUCGCCCACUGCUAAGCCGCUCCAGCUGCUUCCAGCAGCAGGUGAGAGCGGGAACGCCCGCCCUCCCGUCACUUUUCCUCCUUCACGUCAAAGUACCAGCGUUACUGUCUAUUAACAGGGAUCAUCAGUGGAUGAGGGAGCCCUGAAACUAAACCAGGACAUAAUUACAAUAAUGAUAAUAUUGAUCAGAUGGAAGCGGCACUGCAGGGUCAGAGAUGCACAAUCGAUUGUCACAUUGGCAUUUCGAAGAAGCUUGACUGAGUGACAGAGCUGAUCUGAGUCUCACUGGAGUUUUUUUUGUCUCCCUUCAUAGAGUGCUUGCAAAAGUGUUCAUACUUAACAUGUUUUAGCAUGAAAACAUGCUUAGGAUUUCUGCCACAGGAAAAAAAAAAAAAACACAGUCAGGAUGUCGAGUGAAAACUUAAUACCCAAACUACCACAAACUUCACCUUAAAAUGGGCCGUUCUAAUAUUUUUAUCUAAAUAAUUAUUUUCUUGCUAUAGCUGUAUAUUUGAUGAUGUCCCAGGUUUUCUUGUAGAUUGGAGUCUGCAUUUAAAGACACCUCAGCUGUUUUUAUUUUGUUUGGGGUUUUUUAGGUUCUUAAUUGCGCAUUAUAAUUGCACAGUUAGAGCUCAUACACAGUGAAAGACAGCUUGGCAUUAUCAGCUACUGCAGGUCAAAUUCAGACCAAAAUGAUCCAUCAAUUAGGGAGCAGGAGGCCUAGAAGCGCUGCUACCGUCAGCGAUGGUCACACACAGCCCCGGUGCGGUGAUGUCGUGGCACGGCAUGCUCUGUGAGAAACGAUUAAUCAACUAAAACAGAGUCAUCCUGAUCCGAGAAACGCAUUCGGUUGAUCUGAGAUGAAAUCUUUGUCUUCAAAGGCUUCUUAGUGAAGCUUUCUCUCUCUGUUUUUUUUUUCCUCUCCUUAAAUGCCAUUCCAUGACUCAGUUUGCUCUUUGAAGCAUUUUGCCCCCUCAGGACUCACUGAGAUUUCGGCGCUUUCAUCGACGUUCCAAACUUUAGGCACAUCAGCACUCCGGACACUGCACCGCAGCACUCGUCCUGCAGAGACUUCAGACAAAAAGUGACGACCUUGCCUCUGUGGUUUGGUUACAACAAAAAUGUUUCCACCAGAGCGACUCUCCAGAUCCUGACGACUGUACGCCUGCGUUUGAUUACUUUUGGCUCAGCUGCUCUUUAUCCUCAUGUGAUUCCUGCUCCACUGGAUCAAAGUUAUUAUUAUUAUUAAUAUAAGAAAGACGGAGCAGGAAUCUCAGUAGGUUCUCACUGCUGUUCAUUGUACGUUGCUCUGCUGCCAGCAGUGUUUAGAUGCUGUGCGAUGGUGUUUUGUUACAUAUGCCUUUUCUCAUCAUGAAUUGCCAAAUUAUGCAAGCAUAUCCAUUGCAGUUCCUCAUCAGAUUUUAAAUAUGUGCCAGAUUUCCUUAAAAUGUAGUCUUAUAAAUAUACUUAUUUUAGAAAACUCUUUAGCAGAUUGAAAUAUUUGAUUUUGUGAUAUAGGAUACCACUGUAGGAAAAGGGUCAGCUCCCCCUGAAAUGAUAUACGAUAUAGAUUUCCUGUGAAAAGGUUAGAUUUCUUAUAUAUUUGCCAGAAGACAGCUCCUUUCCCUCGGCGAGUAAAUGUGAGUUUCCAUGCUUGCUGUCAGGGCGAAGCAGCUUUAGGAAGCUGUGAUAUAUGCCCUGCUUCCUCUAGGCCAUCCAGAGCCUUAUAAACCCCUGCCAAAAUAUAUCUUUCUCAUAGGAUUUCUCCUCAAGAGAGUUUUUUCUUUUUUUUUUAAUUAUUAAAAUCAAAUUAGAUUUUGCCUUGAAAACAGCUUGAGAAAAGCAAAUUAAAGAUGACAGAUGGAGCUGAAAUGCAAUGCUUUUGAAUUAUGUUAAGUUCUUUGAUGCCCACUCUUAGAAGGAAUAGGAAAUAAAAGCAUAU